AUGGUUUCUGUUAGAAAGAGAAAGAUGAAUAGAUCUUCCGUUGGGAAGAACACCAGAAGAGUGAAGGAUAAGAGAAGAAAGAUUAAUAUCAAAUCUAAUCCUAUUAUCGCAGCUAAUUGGGAUUAUUCCAUGACCAUGAAACAGAAUUAUAAAAACUUGGGUUUGAGGGCGAAAUUGCAAGCACCAUCAGGUGGUCAAGAAGUCGAUUACAGUGAAAUCAAAGAAAAAGUUCCAGUAUCAUCUACUGUUGAAGAUGGUAGUGAUGAGGACGAUGAGUUGGAUGAAAAUGACAGCGAAGAUGAGCAAGAUAUCAAUAACGACGAAUCUGAAGAAGGAUUUGAUGAAAAUAAGAUCCCAGAAGGUGAAGCCAGAAUACAGCGUGAUUCUGAAGGUAAUGUUGUUAAAGUUGUGUAUGGUAAAUUAAAGAAAUUUGAUAUUGACGAAGAUGUUGAAGUUCUAAGAAAGCAAGUAGCUGAAGAAGAGGAAGAAAGUAAGACAGAUGUUGUAAGAGAGCUUGAACGUUACGCUGCCAGACCUGAGGUCACAGAUGUUAGAAUUCAAAGUGAGAGAGAGGAGGCUUGGUUAGAGAGACUGUACAAGAAAUAUGGUGACAAUUACAAGAAGAUGUUUUUCGAUAAGAAAUUGAAUAUAUAUCAACAAUCUGUUGGUGAUAUUAAGAAAAGAAUGAAUAUAUGGAAAAAGAACCACAACAUCGAAGAAGAUAAUUAA